AUGGCUAAAGUUUGCGGCGAGCAGCAUGAGUGCGAUCAACCCGUCGACAAGAACGCAGCCAACGCAGCGAAGCAGUCGUCGCAGCAGGCGCACCGCACGCAGCAACAACAUCAUCAGCAGCAGCAGCAGCCGAAGACCCAGAAGCAACAGAAAGAGGAGCAGAAACAACACCGCAAGCGAGCAGCGGCCGCUUUUGACCCACAAUACUCGCUGACGCUCGGUGCAUGGCAGCAGGCGACUGCGAUUAGCGUGAUGAGCAGCACGGCCGCUCCCGUUGCGACGACGGAGGGCGGUGGCGGUGCGGCGACCGGUGCCAAGUCGACGGGCGCGGGUGUCGCCGCAUCGGCUGCCGGCGGCAACGCGAAUGCCGCGAACAACGCGGCGGCCAACGCGGCGGCGGCGAAACGGCCCGUGCGCAGGACCGGAAAACCGCCGCCCGAUAGACCGCUGAGGGCGCUCUUCUGCCUGCCGCUCAAGAACCCGCUGCGAAAGAUGUGCAUCGAUAUUGUAGAAUGGAAACCAUUUGAAUAUUUAAUUUUAUUAACAAUUUUUGCGAACUGCGUGGCUUUGGCUGUCUACACUCCUUAUCCUAAUAGCGAUUCGAAUAUUACGAAUACAUAUUUGGAAAUCAUAGAAUACGUGUUUCUAGUUAUUUUCACUGCCGAAUGCGUGAUGAAGGUUAUAGCAUACGGUUUUAUACUCCAUCCAGGGGCGUAUCUGCGGAACGGCUGGAACUUGUUAGAUUUUACAAUUGUAGUCAUAGGGAUGAUAAGUACAGUGCUCUCGUCUCUCAUGAAAGAAGGCUUUGACGUGAAAGCACUUAGGGCCUUCAGAGUACUACGACCUCUGAGGCUGGUCUCCGGUGUUCCAAGUCUUCAAGUGGUGCUAAAUUCCAUCCUGCGUGCCAUGGUGCCUUUAUUACACAUUGCCCUUUUGGUGCUGUUCGUAAUAAUCAUCUACGCGAUUAUAGGACUCGAGCUUUUUUCGGGAAAGCUUCACAAAACAUGUUUCAACAACAUUACGGAGGAAAUGAUGGAUGAUCCUCACCCGUGCGGAGAUGAUCCUUUGGCAUUCAAAUGUGAAGAUGGUAUGGUCUGUAAGUAUUAUUGGGCUGGACCUAAUUUCGGGAUAACGAAUUUCGACAAUUUCGGUUUGGCUAUGUUGACGGUAUUUCAAUGUAUCACUCUGGAAGGCUGGACGGACGUCUUGUAUGAUAUUGAAGAUGCGAUGGGAAACUCGUGGCAAUGGAGUUACUUUAUUUCUAUGGUUAUCUUGGGAGCAUUUUUCGUUAUGAAUCUAAUUCUUGGUGUCUUGAGCGGAGAAUUUUCUAAAGAAAGAGAAAAAGCCAAAGCCCGCGGAGAUUUCCACAAACUGCGUGAAAAGCAGCAGAUUGAGGAAGAUCUUCGGGGGUACCUCGACUGGAUAACGCAGGCUGAAGACAUAGAGCCCGAAGGUGAGGACCAAGUUAUGCAGGACGGCAAAGGUAAAAUGGUUAACGAGAUGGAUUCUUCGGACCAACUUGGCGAGGAAGGUGAAAUACAGCAGGAGUCCUGGUAUAAGCAAAAGAAAAAGAGCAUGGAUCGGAUAAAUAGGCGAAUGCGCAGAGGUUGCCGGAAAGCCGUCAAGUCGCAGGCGUUCUAUUGGCUGAUUAUUGUUCUAGUUUUUCUGAAUACUUGCGUUUUGGCGACCGAAUAUUAUAGACAACCUUUGUGGCUGGAUGAUUUUCAAGAGGUAACAAACGUAUUCUUCGUAGCUUUAUUUACACUAGAGAUGAUGUUAAAGAUGUACAGUUUAGGAUUCCAGGGAUAUUUUGUAUCAUUAUUUAACCGGUUUGACUGUUUUGUGGUGAUUGGUAGUAUAGGAGAAAUGAUUUUGACCAAUACUAAAGUGAUGCCUCCGCUGGGUGUUUCUGUGUUACGUUGUGUUCGACUUCUACGUGUAUUCAAAGUGACCAAAUACUGGCGAUCUCUAUCUAAUCUGGUUGCCUCAUUGUUAAAUUCAAUACAAUCAAUUGCUUCUUUGUUGCUACUGCUCUUUUUGUUCAUUGUUAUAUUCGCUCUUCUCGGUAUGCAAGUUUUUGGAGGAAAAUUUAAUUUUGAUCCGACAAAAGACAAACCUCGGGGAAAUUUUGACAGUUUUUGGCAGAGUCUUUUAACUGUGUUUCAGAUAUUAACUGGUGAAGAUUGGAAUGUUGUUAUGUACGAUGGUAUACAAGCGUAUGGUGGUGUGGCUUCGAUAGGGAUAUUAGCCUGCAUAUAUUUUAUAAUUUUGUUCAUAUGUGGUAAUUAUAUUCUGUUAAACGUUUUCUUGGCUAUCGCUGUGGAUAAUUUGGCAGACGCAGAAUCUCUAACGGCAAUAGAGAAGGAACAAGAGGAAGAAGGAGAAGCUGAGAAACAGAAAUCGCAUAGCCCUACGCCUGUUCUGGACCAAGAUGAGGAAUGUUUGGACGAGGAUAUGGAUGGUGAUGGUGAAAGAAAUAUGUAUGAUGGAGAAAUGUCAGAACAUGGUGAUGAAACGGCUUCGGAGGCAAAAGUGCGCUUGGAGGAAGAGGAGUAUGAACAGCAGAUGGAAGAACAAGAGCACGAGGAAGCUGAAGAGUGCACUACUGCCCGACCUAGGAGAAUGUCCGAUUUCAACAUGGCCUCUAAGACCCAACCAAUUCCUCAGGCGUCUUCGUUCUACAUUUUUUCACCAACAAACAGAUUUCGUGUUUUUUGCCACUGGUUAUGCAACCACAGCUAUUUCGGUAACAUCAUUUUGGUUUGCAUCAUGUUUUCGUCAGCUAUGUUGGCUGCUGAAGAUCCACUCAACGCAGCUUCAGAACGCAACCAGAUUCUAAAUUACUUUGACUACUUCUUUACUGGUGCCUUCACUGUGGAGUUACUGUUAAAAUUGGUUUCAUAUGGUUUCGUCUUGCAUAAAGGUGCAUUCUGUCGGUCAGCGUUUAAUCUUCUCGACUUGUUAGUUGUAUGUGUGUCUCUUAUAUCAAUUUACUUCAGUUCUGGGGCCAUAUCCGUUGUAAAAAUUCUGAGAGUAUUGCGUGUGCUGAGACCUCUUCGUGCAAUCAAUCGAGCGAAAGGUCUUAAGCAUGUAGUCCAGUGCGUGAUCGUGGCCGUUAAGACUAUUGGCAACAUUGUUCUAGUGACCUGUCUCCUACAGUUCAUGUUCGCGGUAAUCGGCGUGCAAUUGUUUAAGGGAAAGUUUUUCUACUGCUCCGAUGGAUCCAAAAUGAUUGAAUCUGAAUGCCAGGGUACAUAUGUAGUAUUUGAAGAUGGUGACAUAAAUAAGCCCGAAAUGCGUGAACGGAUCUGGAUCAGGAACAAAUUUCAUUUUGAUGAUGUUGCUAAAGCUAUGCUGACUUUGUUUACCGUUUCAACAUUUGAAGGCUGGCCAAACCUACUCUACGUUUCGAUCGAUUCUAAUAACGAAAACGUCGGGCCCAUUCACAACUACCGUCCAAUUGUAGCAGCAUAUUAUAUAAUCUACAUUAUUAUAAUAGCGUUUUUCAUGGUUAAUAUAUUCGUCGGUUUCGUUAUCGUCACAUUCCAGAAUGAGGGUGAGCAGGAAUAUAAAAAUUGCGAGCUGGAUAAAAAUCAGAGGAAUUGCAUAGAGUUUGCGCUAAAAGCAAAACCUGUACGACGCUACAUUCCGAAGCAUAGAAUACAAUAUAAAGUCUGGUGGUUCGUCACGUCGCAACCAUUCGAAUACACGAUAUUUAUAUUGAUUAUGAUAAAUACAAUAACACUAGCGAUGAAGUUCCAUAGGCAACCGGACAUGUACACCCAUGCGUUGGAUGUUCUAAAUAUGAUAUUUACAGCGGUUUUUGCACUCGAAUUUGUCUUCAAACUAGCAGCAUUUCGAUUUAAGAAUUACUUUGGUGAUGCUUGGAACGUAUUCGAUUUUAUUAUAGUGUUAGGAAGUUUCAUAGAUAUCGUUUACUCCGAAGUCAAUCCCGGGUCUGGUUUUAUAUCAAUCAAUUUCUUCCGAUUAUUUCGUGUAAUGCGUUUGGUAAAACUGCUGAGUAGAGGCGAAGGUAUACGGACGUUACUGUGGACUUUCAUAAAAUCUUUUCAAGCUCUUCCAUAUGUAGCGUUGUUAAUUGUAAUGCUGUUUUUUAUUUAUGCUGUUAUUGGAAUGCAGGUUUUUGGUAAAAUAGCAAUGGAUGACGAUACUGCCAUCACGAGAAACAAUCACUUCCAGAGUUUUCCUCAAGCAGUGCUUGUAUUAUUUAGAUCUGCAACAGGUGAAGCGUGGCAAGAGAUUAUGAUGUCAUGUUCAUCACGCCCUGGAGAAGUGAAAUGCGAUCCAAGAUCAGAUGAUAAAGAUUCCAAAGAAGGAUGCGGUUCAAAUAUUGCCUUCCCAUAUUUUAUCUCCUUUUACGUGUUGUGUUCCUUUUUAAUUAUCAAUCUUUUUGUGGCUGUUAUUAUGGACAAUUUUGAUUACCUGACUCGUGAUUGGUCUAUUUUGGGACCACAUCAUCUCGACGAGUUUAUCAGGUUAUGGAGUGAAUAUGAUCCAGAUGCAAAAGGCCGAAUCAAACACUUGGACGUUGUCACGCUCUUGAGAAAAAUAUCUCCGCCACUCGGCUUCGGUAAAUUGUGUCCGCAUCGUGUUGCUUGCAAAAGACUUGUGUCUAUGAACAUGCCUUUAAACAGCGAUGGAACUGUGCUUUUUAAUGCAACUCUAUUUGCGGUUGUUCGAACUUCCCUCAAAAUUAAAACGGAAGGCAAUAUCGACGACGCAAACGGUGAACUGAGAGCAGUUAUUAAAAAGAUCUGGAAGCGAACGAGUCCUAAGCUUCUUGAUCAAGUAGUGCCGCCACCAGGAGUGGAUGAUGAGGUUACUGUAGGUAAAUUCUAUGCAACUUUCCUCAUACAGGAUUACUUCAGAAGAUUCAAGAAGAGGAAAGAGCAAGAAUUAAAGGAUGGUGACAAAGAAUCACAUAAUACUGUAACGCUGCAGGCUGGCCUGCGGACGUUGCACGAAGCCGGACCGGAGUUGAAGAGAGCUAUUUCUGGAAAUCUAGAAGAACUGAUAGACGACAAUCCUGAACCAAUGCAUAGGAGAAACCAUACGCUUUUCGGAAGCGUGUGGUCGUCGAUGCGCCGCGGUCACGGUCGAUCGCUAAAGGUGAAUUCGACGCACAUCAAAGUUUCGCCCGCGUCUUCCAUCGAUUAUCUUCCGUACGGGACGCUCCAGCGGGCGGUCACCGAAGGCAUGAAUCACGUCGCGAAGAGCGUCGCCAGCGCCAAUUCGGAAAUCAUUCCGAUGAGGCCGCUUGUCUUCAACGGAGCCGAUAGGCCGGCUACGGAAUCGUCGAGCAAGUUGUCGGAUAGUGGCGGUCGAUCGUCGCGUCGCGGCGUAGCCGGCGGCUUGCGUCUCGCCCAAGCGCAGGCGAUGGCUGCCGCCGGCUUCCUUCCAGAAAACGCGACGCCACCGAACGGAGAAGACCCCAAGGAGAGACUGCGACUGCAUCUGAACCACAGGGCCUCAUUUCACGGCAGAGUGUCGCCGGUAGGAGAGCCCAAUGGCAGCGCAGGGAGUGAGCGACUGGCGCGCUCGAUGCCCGGCAGUCCCGCGGACCGCAGGCCCGACUCGUUCGAGGUGAUCGGAUCCGCGGAGAGUCUUGUCGGCAGGGUGUUGGCUGAGCAGGGCCUGGGGAAGUACUGCGACCCCGACUUCGUGCGAUACACGUCGCGCGAGAUGCAAGAGGCCUUGGACAUGACGCGCGAGGAAAUGGACUUGGCGGCGCAUCAGCUGCUGCAGCAGGAGCGCAGACGGCGCAUGCAGCGGGCGCAUGACGCAGCCGCCGAAGAAACAAGAUCUCGCGCUGAACCACGGUUAUAGCAGCACCGCAAAGGCAGCCACGCCAUCCGAAUGCCAU